UUCGUUUUGAAGGAGAAGAAAAAGUCGUGCGGUUUGGAUAGAUUUUUUAAAUUGAAAUAUUAGUGAAUUGAAAAUUAAAUAGAUAAAUCCUCAAUAAAAACCAUGCCAAAGGUGAAGAGGAGCAGGAAGCCGCCGCCGGAUGGGUACGAACUCCUGGAGCCCACCCUUGACGAAUUGGAAGGCAAAAUGCGUGAAGCCGAAGCGGAGCCGCACGAGGGGAAGCGAAAGGUCGAGGCGCUCUGGCCAAUUUUCAAAAUUCAUCACCAGAGAUCCAGAUACGUCUUUGAUUUGUAUUACAGGAGGAAGGCUAUAUCCAGGGAGCUGUACGAGUACUGCUGCAAGGAAGGCAUCGCUGACCCGAACCUGAUCGCCAAGUGGAAAAAGCAAGGCUAUGAAAAUUUAUGCUGUCUCCGAUGCAUCCAGACCAGGGACACGAACUUUGGGACGAACUGUAUCUGCAGGGUGCCCAAGUCCAAGUUGGAGGAGGGCCGGGUGGUGGAGUGCAUCCACUGCGGGUGCAGGGGGUGCUCCGGAUAGUUUUAAUUUUUAUUAUUAAAUUAUGUCGCGAGGGUUAAUGUUUUCUAUUGUAAAUUUUAUAUAUCGCUAUAAUAACCUACUAAUUUUUAAUAAAAAAGUGUAUCACUGGGUUGAAUAAAAACUGGUUUUUCAUAUGAG